AUGGGGUUUCCAUCUCGGUGCUCCCUACCCCCAGAAAAGUAUGAUGCUGUUUGCAACGAACUUAUUCAGCUAGCGGCGACAAUUACUGAAUUUGAGCCCGUUCGCAUGUACGUGCGGCCCGAAGACAUCCAAUUGGCGGAGUCCCUGGUCAAACCCGUUGUCAAAGAUGCAUCAAGACUAACCCUCAUCCCGUGUCCAAUCAACCACUGCUGGGUGCGCGACACCGGACCAGUCUAUGUGCGUGACACAACAGGGGAAUUUCCAACCCAACGAUUUGCACUCAACUUCCGUUUCAACGAGUGGGGUGGCAAGAAGCCCGAGGAUGACGUGGUCUGUUGGGGUCAGCGAUGGCCAUUGAUGAAUGACAAUGCACUACAGGAGAACACAGAAUUCGCGCGAUGGGUUAUCGAGCAUGACUCCAUCCCCAGCUCCGUUACGCGAAUCGACGCUCCGAUUCGGGCUGAGGGCGGCGGUCUUGUUACAGACGGCGAGGGGACAAUGCUCAUCACAGAGAGUAGUAUUGUCUGCGACAAGCGAAACCCGGGGAUGUCCAAGGCUGAAAUCGAGGCUGAAUUGAUGCGGCUGCUCGGCAUUGAGAAGGUGAUUUGGUUCCCUGGUCGGCGCAAUGUGGACAUUACCGAUGUGCACAUGGAUGCUGAGGCGAGGUUCGUGCGUCCUGGGGUGAUUGCGUACUCGAAACCUCACGCCAUUGCCAUUGACCUGUGGCAGGAGCUCUCUGCAGAGAUCCGCGAGAUUCUGGGCCGUGAGACGGACGCUAAGGGUCGGCGCUUGGAGGUCCACACUAUUGAGGAGCCGGACCCACGAGGCUUGGUGGAGUCUGAUCACGAUGAGCUGUCGGCGAGCUAUGUGAACUUCUAUUUCGUGAAUGACGGUCUGAUUAUCCCGAAAUUUGGUGACGAAGAAAGGGAUCAGAAUGCAUUAGAGAUCUUGCAGGCUUUGCUUCCCGAGCGGGCGAUCAGGCAGGUGUAUGCCAGUGCAAUCCCCCUUACUGGUGGAGUGCUGCACUGCGUCACUCAGCAGGUACUGAUGGUAAACCCUGGCCAAUGA